UCGGGAUACGCCGGACCAAAAGCCGAAGUCAUGGUACGAGACGCGAAGUUCAUAAUAAGCUGCUGUGCCACAACUGACUGUUCGAGUACCUUUCUGCUGCAGCAAGUCUGGUCAGUUGCUCCGUCAUUCUCUCGCUCUUCUUCUAGUAAUCUCUCUUGCCCUUCUAUUACUUAAUACUUUUCAAGCCCAGGUGGCUUUUCUUACUACCAACAUGACGUCCGGCACUGUCUCUUCCAUUGUUCUCCUCUUCUUGAGCUGUACACAGGUGUUCGCUCAAACGGGACAAACCCAACAAGUGUCCUACAACCAAGUCCUUAAUCUCAAUGGCGAUAUGAAACUCAACUCCUUCCAAUUCCCCGACCGCUCAAGAGUCGAGACGUUCUCUCAAAAACAGCAGCAGAUAAUUGUUAAUCAGCAAACACCCGCCAUCCCCGCGAACCAGGUCACAGGAACGACUGGUCAGUCUUUUGUCGCUGUCUCGCCCCAGUCCAUGAUCAUCAGCACAAAUGGCGCUACGGAUCUGGUUGGUGGUCAGAUCGAGAUGGCAAUGACCAUGCAGAACUUGCAGGGCGCUGCAGUGCAGCCGGACAACACCUACGUGGCUAUGCUGUCGCCCGACCGUCAGUCCUGGAUGAUUCAGGAGACUAUGAGGAGUGUCAACACCACUGAUAUGACCGUUCGCAUGGUCAAGCGCACUCAGAUGGAUGGCGAAUACAUGAUUGUUGGCCGCCAGACCGUCGAAACUAACACUCUGGUCACUCCUUUUGGUAGUGAUGGUAGCACAUCCGUCGCAAUCCAGGGUACCGGUCUGCAAGAGAACGAGUUCCAGGAUGGCUUCAGAAUGUCUACCCGCGCUACCCAGCCCAUGACCAUGAACGUCGAUGUCAAGGAUGGUGUUGACUCAGGUAUGCUUGCUGCUCUUCAGGGUCAGGCUCCAGUCAACGACUACCGUUACUCGGUCACAACCAACCUGGCUGCCGUCACUCCGGAUCUGAACCAGCAAGUCACCGUCAUUCAGAUGCCCCUGAACCCUGUCCGUAUCCAGAAGAUGAUGCAAGCCAUGGGAGUCCCCCCUACGGGUCAAGUCGCUGUCGCCGUAGCCCAGCGCGGUGUUCUCCAGAACCCCGGAGGUGCAACAGGAAACCUCGGUGGAGCUGCUGGGGUCGCCGCUACCCAGCGGCGUGGUCUUAGCCGUGACGAGUUCAGACAGGAGGUCGCCCGCCAGAUCCAGCAGGGCACACCUACGAACGGCAACAACCCUGUCGCAGCUCAACUUCUUCUUGCGCCUACCUUCACCCCAAUCCAGGCCAAUGCCGUUCUCGACCAGGCCAACAUGCGCAUUGCUGUUCCCGUCCGCCAGGUUGAUGGAGAGUACAUCCUCACGAUGCAGAUGAUGGGUAGUGCGCAAGCCCCUCAGCCCGCACAAGCCCCUCAAGCUGCCGCGCCUGCUCAACCUGCUGCUGCAGAGGGACAGACACCCACUGCUGCCGAGCCUGCUACACCAUCUAGCCUGACACCUGCCGGCGAAGCCCCCGCUGCCGGCGCUAGCCCGACCGAAGGCGGACUUAAGCCAACUGCUGAGGGCGAGAAGCCGACAGCCGAAGGUGCAAAGCCAGCCCUUGAAGGCUCCGCAUCGAACAGCACCUUGGCCGCGAAACCCGAGCGUCGCGCGGAAACCAAAGCCUCUACCACAGACAAAUACGGCGAUGUCAAGGCACCUAAGGGUAUGAUCAUCAUGACUAUGAAGGAGGUUGACAACAUGGUCGCCGCUGUUACGUGGGGUGGCCAGGUCGCCAUUACCAAGAUGAUGAACGAGUACGUCAAGGAGCAGACUGGUAAGGGCAUGGCACCUUUGAGCAACGGCACUGAGACUGCUGCGGGUGGUGUUAAGAUUACUCUUUGAGUUAAACUGAUGUGUAGAUACACGGUAAUGCACGGGUAAUGUUGGGUGUGUUCCCAUGUCGGAGAAGGAAAGAUGGCUGUUAAUAGGAUCGUUAGUCGGGGCUUGAUGUCCUCUCUUUCGCGUGGUUGAAAACCUUAUUAGUUGUACAUAAAAUUGGUGAACAAGGAGCUUGCCUUCACGUCCUGCACGGAUCUAGUUUGAAACUGUCCAUGAAGAUUCUGAUUGUC